AUGGAAAACAAUAAAGUUUUUAACUACGAAGUGUCUUUCAAUUUCUGGGCACCAGUAAACAAUUCUUCUCUAAAUUGGAAAUACCAUAUACAUGGCAUGCAUAAUAUAGUUAUUUAAAAGCUGACUAAACCAGCAAGAUGGAGAACUCUCUAUAAAGAAGAUGAACCCAAGCCGCCAAUGAUUAGACUUUGGGUUGAUAAACACAAACAAUAUUAACAUUAACUCUUUGCCUUUAAAGAUGAUGAAAUUUAAGAUUUUGAAGGUUGGGAACUAAUUGAUUCAAGGUUAAGAAACUCGAGAAAAAUAAACAGAAAGAGAGGAAAUAGAAAGUCUAAAAAAUAUUAGAAUAAAUCACCAAUAUAAAAACAUCCGGACAUUUCAUACAAAGCAUAUCAUUAAAGCGAAUUUUGA